AUGGAGUUUAGCACGAAGCGACGCACCUCAUUUUCUUUUCUGUUCGGGUCACAGAAACCCACUUUGAUAACCCAGCAAAGCCAACCUGCCCAUAACCAACCAACCCGUUAUUGGGAUUUUGUUGAUAGCCCUGGCACCUAUCAGCCACCAUCGCCGUUGGUUGACCGACCAAACAUACCUACCGACGUGGAAGAGCAGAUUAGAAAUGCCUGUUCGUUACUCGUAUACAAGAUCGGGAAAGGCCAGCAGUCGGGGUCUAGCAAGCGAUCUCGCGCGGUCACAACCAAUACGACGAUGCACGAAUCGUCCACGGCGCCUCAAAUCGACUCCAUGUAUGUGUCCCCAAAAGUGGGAGCCGAUGUGGCAGCCCUGAAGAACAAGUACGAUUCGGGGGUCGCCUUGACCCAACAGCCCAGUAUGCAGGCUAUGAGGGUUCUCCAUUCUCAGACCAGCCAGAACCUCAAGUGCGAUAGUCUCAAAUCGGGACGAGCGACAUCUUCCCACUCAGCACUCCCCAGCGACGGAACACAGUCCUCGAGUGCCCCACCUAGUCGAGCAGGUUAUGAUAACCAAGUAAUAAGUUCAGGAAAAUGGAGUAGGGAUAGGGGCCAGUGUGUCAAACCUUUCUUGGAUGGUUCUGAGUCCGAAUCUCAUCCGAAUGAGGAUGGCCCUCAGUUUGUGGAUGCUGUUUGCGGUGAUGAUGUUGAGGUCUAUCUGGAUCCCGAGACUACACUCAUGUCCACUGGCGUCCCUAGCUUUCAUUCACCCCAUUCAGUCCCCAGCAAUAGUGCACCCGGUUUCGGCAAGUCUGUGGAUCCAUCACCGAACGGCCAUUGUGGAGUAGCUGGCUUGGAGACCCCAACCGUUCAACCCCCAGAGUACACGGCUCCGCUGGACCUGGGCGCUUCUGCUAUCGAAGAGAGUAAACAACACCCCGGAAUUAUUAUCGACAGCAGCGGCCUAGCACACGUCCUCACGGCUGCAGAAGAAAGCGAACGCGACAUGAACAUCCAGCAGGCAGUGAUGGCCAAGAUGAGAACAGGCACAAUUGCUAAUGCCAGCUCGCCACACCUACCAGUUUACACCGAGUCGACGGACAAUGUUUCAAAUCUUCGUCCUGGAUCUAAUGCCUCGAGAUUGAAAACCUCAUGGUCCACAAUGAGCAAGGCAACGAGCCGAAAGCUCAGAUCGCGAGGAACCGAGGACGGGCCUGUCAACGAUAAAACUGUCUUUCGCAGAUUGAAGAAUCUUUUCUCGAAGCGCAAACCUGUGAACGUUGUCCCGCCGGUGGGUACCCAUUGA